UGGUAAUAUUACACUCCCCCAGUCUCCACGACAACUGAGUUGGGCCCAUAAUAAUAAAACAGAGUAGAUGGAAUGGAAGUUUCUUCUUUCUCAAAUCACCACUCCACUCGUCUCUCUAAGAAAACCCCAUUGCAGCUCCCGGCGGCGGCGGCGGCGGUGGCGACGGCGACGGCGAGAUAAAAAUAAAACAGUUUCAAGACGGGCUAGACUUAACAAAUUUCUCUGUACCUUCUAAAUGGAACGAUUGGACGACGAUGGGUCAUCCAUAGCUGGAGUCGAUGUUACCACAAGAACCCUUGAUGAUUUGCGUAUUCAAGCCCCAGUCGACGGUAAAGGUGGCUAUGAUGCCGGUAGCGUUCAAAUCACGAAUUUUUCUGAAUUCGUAGAAGAUGUUACCCUCCAUUUCCAGAUCAUCCGUCUUCAGAAACAGUUAUAUGCUUGGAUUGGAUGCAACUCUGCUAGAUUUGGACAUUUAGUUGCGGCUGCACCCACACGACCUUUUUCUUCGGAUGAUGUACAGAGUAAUGCGGUUAGUGUUGCUCAAUUGGUCGGAAGAUCCACUGACAACACUGGAGCUGGUAUUGCGCGGCGAGUUGGUGAUGACUUCGCAACUGUAAACUGAAGUUUGAUUUGAUGCUUUCUUGAUGCAUCUAGCUGACAGUUUGGUAUUGUUUUGUAGUGUUGAAAACUGGUCUUAACAUAGUACUCGCCUGCAACAUCCCCAAGAACAGCCCUUUGAUUGAGGCGGCUGCUGAACUGAAGCUGGUGCAGAAGCUUUUCGACCUGGGUUAUGCUACACGGAAAUCUGGAGUAUCAUCAUCGAUAAGAUAGAUGUGAAACAAUUAUAACUUUAUACAAUGAUUUGGUAAAGGGAUAGGUUGACUUGAAGAGGUAACUCUGUUGGUGAAGUUGUAUGAAUUGUGGUUUGGUUCGUCGGGAGAUCCGGAACACUCUGUAAUUGAUCAAAACCUCUCUCAAUGUCGGAUUGAUGCCUUGUUUUACUUAGUGUAGAACAAUAGUUAGCGAGUUUGAGGUUCUAAGCUGCAUGUUAGGAAGUCAUGAUGAUCUUCUUUGUAACAGAAGCUUCUGAAAGCAGCAUUGUACAAACAAAAGGUUAUCGACGGAAAAAAAAAGUUCUGCAUUGUUCCCUCAGUUUAUACAAAAAAAUUUGCUUGCAUCUUUUAGGAAGUUCUGCAUUGUUCACUCAGUUUAUACAAAAAAUUUGCUUGUGUCUUUUAGGAUUUAAUCUGGGAUCGCCAACGGCAGAGGUGUUAGCAGUGUUAGUACUCCUUAAAAAUGAGGGGCAGCUAGGUAGUUACUAAAAUCCUUCAUCCUAAGUUAUCUUGCAAACUUUAGAAGGUUGGUAGUUGUGCUUGUUUUGAUAGGAUAGAAACAUGCUAGCGGUAGGAACAUCCAAAUGGAGAAUUCCUAAUCCCAGACUUGAAUGUUUUAUAUAUUUAUUUUAUUCUGAUUAACAAGACUUGAAUUGAAAUUGA